UGAUCGAUACUCUAACACACACAUACAGAUAGAUCUGUUCUCCAAAUUCUUGAAAACCCAAUCCCAAAAAACCCAGAGAGACAACUCUCUCUUUUGGCUCACUGUGCUUCUGCUUCUGCUUCAGUUUUCAGAGUAGAACAAAUCUCUGAAACACUUUUUCACAACCCACUCAAGUUUAUUAGUUUGUUUUUUGUCCAAAUGGGUACUCCAGGAAAAUGGCUCAAGUCCCUCAUCAAUCCCAAAAAGCUCAUAACAACUGACCAAGAGAAGAGCAAGAAGAAAUGGAAGCUAUGGAGGAGUUCAUCGGAUGGGUUAGGAUCUUCGAGUAAAGGUGGUGUGAAGAAGGUGGCUGGUUCAGAGCUGUUGGAUUCUGCAAAUGUAGUCGAUCAUGAGUUGGCUGCUGCCAUGGCUACUCUGCUUCGGGCUCAGCCUAAAGAUUUCAAGAUAGUCAAGCGAGAGUGGGCUGCUAUUCGGAUCCAAACCGUGUUUCGGGGAUUCUUGGCAAGGCAGGCUUUAAGGGCCUUGAAAGCAUUAGUAAGGCUUCAAGCUAUAUUUCGUGGGAGGCGGGUCAGGAAGCAAGCAGCUGUUACAUUGAGGUGCAUGCAGGCACUUGUUCGAGUUCAGACUCGAGUUCGAGCACAGAGAUCCUCAGAAGCUGCGCAAGACUUACUGGAUGAACGUCAGUCCCAAGCUGAUGAUCCCGUUAAGCAGGCUGAGCAAGGAUGGUGUGAUAGUCCAGGAACAGUGAGUGAAGUUAGAGCAAAGCUACAAAUGAGGCAAAGAGGAAACAUAAAGAGGGAUCGAGCAAUUGCAUACUCCCUCUCUCAACAGAGGCCAAGAUCAUGUUCCAGUCCAUAUAGCAGGACUAACAAGACAGCAAAGGUUACUAAGAGUCCAAGAGUAGGCAAUAACAAUUCUGAAUGGAACUGGUUAGAAAAUUGGAUGGCGACCAAGCCAUGGGAAAAUAGACUGAUGGAGGAGGUCCAAACUGUGCCAUCAGAGAUGAAUCUUCAUAAUUCCAGGAAAAGUGGAGAUGACAUUGCUGGCUUUUAUCCAUUUUCUUCAGAACAGAACUCAGUGAAAGUGCGAAGGAAUACUGUCACAACCAGGAUUUCUGCUAGGCCAUCUCAAUCAAUGAGUCCAAUAACUCGCUCAUCUUCUACUCCAAGUUCUGAUUUUCUAAAGGACGAGAGCUCGUCAUCCACUUCAUUUACUUCUGCAUCACCUACUAUAGCGUCUAGCAACGCUACCAAGGUAGAGGAAAGUAAUAUGUGCAAACCAAGCUACAUGAAUCUCACAGAGUCAAUUAUGGCGAAGAAGAGAAGUUCCAAUGGUCAAAAUAUGCAGAGGUAUUUCAUGGAGGAGUAUCAGUUCCAUAGCAAAGCUCUUUCUAAUGGGGAUACAAGGAGCAUCAAUGGGGAUUCUGAUUUUUCGGUUAAUUUCUGCAAUGAUCUAUACCCUCCGGUAUCAUUGGGAAGAGCAGAAAGAGCAAGAUGACAGUAAUGGAAACCACUAAGAAUUGCCUUCAUACUUCAUUUAGGAAAGGUUUGUGUAGUUGUUCCAUGAUUUCAACAGCUUGUUGUCUAUAAUUUCCGGUUAUACUGAGAUUUGCUUCAAAACGACCACUGAAAGAAUUAGUUGGUGAUUAUAUAGUCAAGUAUAGGUUUUUGGAGUGAGAGUGAUGUCAAGGAAUUCAGUAGUAUUUGCAACUUCCAAGUCUGAGUUGGUGUGUCCUAGAUCAGUUGUCUGUGAUGUGAAAUGGUUCAAAUUGAUUCAGUAGUACUUUUACCACAUUAUUGAUGUUUUAAUUACAUGUGAA